UAAUACAAUUUAUUUUUGAUCUUUUCGGUUGUUUUAUUAAAGAUAGGAAGUAUACAGAAUUUUCACUUUUAAAAAACUCAACCCAAAAACAGAAUAAAACAAUAAUAAAAGUCCAUUUUUGCAAGUGCAAGGGAAAAACAAAUGAAGUCAAUUUGUAUUCUGUUAUCGUUUUGAAAAAAUAAAAUAUUGGCAUCGAAUGUGACGACUAUUUUUUCGUUGAUGUUGAGGCUGAAAAACAAAUGUAGUUGACUUUUGGAAGCGUUAACUUUAGUAAUCGGAAUGCGUCUCAUUAUAAAACCUUUUUAAUCUGUUUAGUGUAAAACUAUUUAUCGCAGACACAAGUUUGACUUUUUAAGAAAUAUUCUUUAAUUUUGUUUAUAAUAAUUCUUAUUUAUUGUUGUUUUCUUUUUUUUAUUUGUACAAAAUUAUGAGUGAUUGUGGCUUCUGGACUUAUUUUUUGAUUCUCGUGGGUCUUUAUGUGUUGUUGUGUUUCUUGUAUGAACAUUUACUAUCAGGAGUGUUGAUUCUUAAAUCUCUCAUCAAUGAUUUCCUUGAUCCUGAAAAUAAAUUGGAUUUAUAUAAGAAGUUCGGGUCUUGGGCUGUCGUGACAGGAUCAACUGAUGGGAUCGGAAAGGCCUAUGCUAGGGAAUUGGCUAAAAAGGGCAUUAAUAUUGUCCUGAUUGCGAGAACCAAGGAGAAGUUAAUUGAUUGUUCCCAAGAGAUAGAAAAUGAAUAUCGAGUCCAAUGUAAAUGGAUUCAAGCUGAUUUUUCCAAAGGUGCUAUAGUCUAUGAUCACAUCAGGGAGGAACUUGAAGACAUUCCAGUGGGUAUUUUAGUAAAUAACGUUGGUUGUACAUAUGGGAGACUUGAUGAGAUGUCUGCAUUUUCUGAAGAAGUCCUUUGGAAUGUUAUGAAUACCAAUAUCGGGGCUGUAACAAUAAUGUGUCGUAUGAUGUUAAAUAAAAUGAAAGCUAGUGGGAGAGGUGGAGCAAUUGUUAAUGUUUCAUCCGCAACCGAAGCACAAGCAGCUCCAUAUGGAGCCAUAUAUGCAGCGUCUAAGGCCUACAUAAAAAGUCUAACAUACUCCUUACAAUAUGAAGUUGCCGACUAUAACAUCAACAUUCAACUAUUGUCACCGUAUUUCGUUGUGACUAAAAUUAAUUCUUUUUCAUCGAUGAUAAUGCGCGGCGGCUUAACAAUUCCAACUGCGGAAACAUACGCGCGAUGGGCUGUUUUCACCUUAGGCAGAACUAAACAUUCGACUGGAUAUUUUUGGCAUGCCAUUGAAAACACAGUAGCAAGUAUUGUUCCAUAUAGAGGACGUUCGUAUGCUGCGGUAUUGAUAGCAAGAGCGUUGAAAAAACAUCAAACGAACAGUUUAAAUAUGACAAAAUAAUUUAAUUUUUUUUAAUAUCUUUUAUUUUUAAAUUAGUGGAAACGAUGAAACAUGGUAAUGAGGCGCCUUAAAAGAGAAGAAAUAUAUUAUAAUCUAUGUUCUUUGAAGA